AUGGAAAGUUGUUUGAAGUCUAAAUCAGCUCCAAAAUUGGAAAGGAAAUAUGUGGAGAAAAAUAGAAGGAAUCAUAUGAAGAAUCUAUGUAAUCAACUUCAUUCCAUUCUCCCUAGUACUCAUGAAACAAGAAUGGGAGUGUCAGAUCAAAUAGAUGCGGCAGUGAAUUACAUAGAGAGCUUGAAAAUGAAUUUGGAGAAGAACAAGAAGCACUUGGAAGAAUUGAAAAUGGGCCUAAAGAGGGCCCAAUCACUCAAUCCAACUGAUGAGCCCGGCCCAACUACCAAGUCACCACCUCAGAUUGAAUUCCAUGAAAUGGACCCAAACAUGGUCAUGGUUUUACUAACUAGCCUAGAUAAUAUAGCCACUUAUAAUAAAAUCAUUCAAUUAUGCCAUGAGGAAGGUGUUGAAGUUGUGUCUACCAGCUUUAAUCUCAAUGGAAACUCUACACUGCAAAUGUCUCAUGAAACUAAGAUCAAUAGAAGUUCAACAAUGAAAUUUACAGCUACAAUUUUAUGUGAUAAGAUGAAGGAGUUGAUCUAUGGACCAUCUCAUGGAAAUGAUGUGGAAUCCGAAUUACAUUUAUGGGACUAUAUAAUUGAAUUUGAUGCAUUGGAAUUACUACCAACAAACAUGUACAGUCACAUGCAAAAUGUUUGUGAAAGUGGUUUUUCAUUGGACAUGGAAACAAUUGAGAUGUAA